AUGUCUCCACCGGACGACGACUGCCACGAGCCACCCAUCGAGCACUCUCCCGUCGCCGGAGGCAGCAAGACUUUCCUCAAACCAUUCGUCAAGGGCGUUGCCAGCGCCGGCAGGAGCGUCGGCGCUGGGAUCUAUCAUGCUGGAAAGGUGGUCGAUGCCAUCACUGAUCUCACCGAACGCAUCUCGUUGCCGCGGAACGCCGCCACCCCCAACCUGUCUGCCGCAUCUCAUGCCGAAUUUGGACCGCCACUCGACUCGUCAGAAGUCGUCACUGAGGAGCGGCGUGAGAAAUCCAGGCGAUUCAGGGCCUUCAAGAAGGGAAGUUCUGGUCCCGGUAAUUCGAGUGAUGCCGGUAGUGAGGGCUACAUUUCUCAGCCCGGCCUUUCGAGACUGGAUUCACUCGAGCUUUCUCGAGACGAGUUUCCACCGCUGGACAACCAUCACAUGAGCCGGGUGCGUUACAGUCGAGCCCAGACAGACCAUAUCGGACUUUUCAAAUGCGACGACGAAGAGCCGGAGAUCUCGUUUGUCAAAAACUCUGACGACGAGAUCAACGGCCCAGCCGAUCGAAGGGACACCGUCUAUAAUUACGAGGCCGUCUUCCCCAAAUCCAGGUCACAAUCUGUCUGCAGGAUGGCAUUUGCCAAACGUCGCCAUACUAUCCAGAUCCCUCAGGAUUACAACCUCUUUCCUGUCAGACACUCCAUAAGGAAGCAGAACUUGGAGGUCCAGCUGGUUUGGAAGUAUCGACUGCUGAAAAAGAUGGAGCAAGAACAGAGAUUGGUGCUGGAGGCUUUCAAGGUGCUUGAAGAGCAGUAUGAUUCGACCGCAAAGGAAGCCGAGAUCAAGUCUCGAGAGGUCAAGGACCGACUGGAAGGUUAUGUGGAGCAGAACAAGAUGGCGACUGAGCUGCUUUCUUUCUUGCCCGCGGACCCGCUCAUGCCCAGCCACUCGACAACUUUUUCAGCCACUAGUCCUGAGCACCACCACCAACGGCACCCGCCAGGGGAUGCGUUCCAUCAUCACUAUCAGCAACACCAACUGUCGGUUUCGUCCCGCGCAUUUAGCUGGGAUAAGGUUGACCCCCAGACUUGGGAGCUGUUCAAGCAGCUUACCAGCUCCGGAGAGGUCCUGCGUCAACGCCGGCACGAGGUCUCCAACAAGCGCCGGAUGAUGGAACACCACGUCGACGAGUUAACCAAGCAAGCCGGCCUGCAUCGUGCCUCCUCUUGUCGGGAUGAUCCUUCGCGUCGUCUCCCACCGAAAGACCCUGUUGCCGAGGAGCCAGAACAGCCAAACAAGCUCCUCAAGAAAGAGAAACGCAAGGCGGGCGCAAUUGUGGCCGGGGGCCAAUACGCAGAGCAGGAGCAGGACAAAGAGGAGCGGGGGGCCGAGUCGGCAGACGCGAAGCUGGUGGUCGCCAUGGCUGAGGAGGUAAUCUCGACAAUCGAACGGGACCCGAGUCUGCAGGUGGCCGAGUUCAUCGAGUUGGUCGUUGUUGCCGGUCUUUCAAGACUCAUUACCUCCCUCGCCGCCUCCCUCGGGUCCCUUCUUCGCGCUAUCCUCCGCGCCUUGCUUCUCUUCUUCGUCAGACAGAUCCAUCGUGUCGCUCGCUAUCUCGAUCUCGACGACCACCAACUCGGCCUCAAUCAUCGUCCGCAUUCCAAUCUACUCGUCCCGCCUCAGUCCCCUCAUCCUUCCUCGUCUUCUGACCAUUCAACCUCUCCCGAAGACCCUCCUCGCCAGUAA